AGCAGCCUAUAUUACGGACGCAGCAUUCCCAUUUUGCAAUCAAGCGGAACGGGAAAAUCACGACUGGUAGCAGAAGUGUUGAAAAACACACUUGGCUUAAGUAUUUGCUUCCGCGACUCGAACAGUCCGGAGGCCAGCUGGCCUCCGCGAGAUGAGGCCAUGUGUCGAUUCGUAAAUUCGGUCGAGUAUUUAGGGGAAGAAAUGGCCGCUGCCCUUGUCGGGGCACUUUUUAAACAGGUCUACGAACGCCUUGGUCGUAACCCAAAUGACGAUCUUGAGACGCAAAUGUCUGCCUGGUCAUAUAAAUCUGUGUCGCGUGGGGUAUCGUUUGAGUCAGUUUUCGAGGCAGCUAAUCGGUCUCUUGCAACAAUGCCAGAUGACCUGGUGGCCCGACGACAGAGGAUUAUCGAGGAAGAAGACCUUGAUGAGAUCGAUGAAUGGUAUAAAGUGCUGUAUCGACACGUUUGCUUGGAAGCGACGAAGAUUCUGGGAAUUGAUUUCCAGCGUCUUGGACACGAUAAGUUCAUCGUUGCAUUUGACGAGUGCACAAACAUCAUAUCUCGGAGUUCAAUGCUCAAACUUGCCGUCGAGACUAGAUCGAAGUUCCUAUCUCCUGCUUAUGGGAUGUCGAUAUUAACACUUCAACGGAUGAUUAAGGCUCAAGAUGAAUUUCCCAUCGAAGGAUUUGGCUUUUGGUUCUUUUUCCUCGAUACGGGUCCCACGAUUGCCGAGUUUUUUCACCCAUGUCGCGAAGCAUUAUUAACUCGGCACCCUGAUCUCACAACGCUCCCACCUUGGCCAUAUUUAGGAUUUGAUGUGAUGGUAUACUCACCAGCAAGGACUCCCAGAGAGGCAUUGUCGUUUAGUUAUUUAAAGAAUUAUGGCCGCCCGUACUGGUCCACGUAUGCUGCAACUAAUUUCCUGUCCGCUGCCAGGAGGAAACUGUACAUGUGUUCAAGGUCACCGUAUCUUAAUCCCAUCGAUGUUGACCAUGUUCUUGCAACAUUCCCCCAACGAUUCCCCGUUGAGCUUGCGGCCAACAAAGCUGGGUCUAUUCUCGCUGCCUCAGGCGUCCGCAGCCAUAUGCGAAUCCAGAGGGACAUCGUUGGCCGUUCGCAUAUUGAAACUGUCGCCCCUUCCGAGCCAGCACUGGCGAUCGCAGCCAUGAAGGAGCUAAUGACAUCGCGGGAAACAUACAAAAGAGCCCUUGAGACAUUUGUUGAUAACCUGACGAUCAACGGAUCCAUCCUCAAGCGAAGUCGUCAAGCCGAAUUGUUCAGCUGCAUUCUGUUGACUCUUGCGCGGGAUUGGGCAAGUGCAUUCAAAAACAUUCAGCAGGUCCCUACGAUAUCGUCAAAAGUGUUCUUGACCACCCUCCUUGGCGAGAAUCUCGGGUUGCCCCCCAAUGAUCAGCGCCUCCAAUUCUUGAACGAAAUGGACAACGCCCAUAUCAACUUUACGCACAUCGUCCAGCUGACGGAAGACGUUGACAAUUUGUCGUUUGAUUUCCUCUGCAAGGCGUGGUGCCGUGGUGCUGCAUUUCAAUGCAAGUCUCAACAGCCUUGUAUCGACGGGUUCAUUGUUACCUACAGUGGAGCGCUUGAUGACCCAUUUGAAUUGAAAUGGUUCAAUUACAUAGCCUGGCGAUCGGAGCUGCGUGUUGAUGCAUCUACUUCUGGCCUUACUUUGGGGCUUGCUGGACCUCGUAUCGAGGGCCAGAGGCCUCAGUCGGCUGUGGUGUUGUUCAUGGAUCUGGGCACUAACUGCGGUUUUGGAUCAACGAAAGGAAAACUGUGUCAACUCACUCUUGGGCCUGCGCAACAUCCACACGUCCCUAGCCAUGGAUGGGGAGGUUACAUGCCCACCCAAGACGAGGAGCCUCCUCGAUGGUGCAUCCAUGCUCGAGGACACACAUACGCCACGUACCCUGUGAUCGAAGGGGUUAGCUUGCAGUUCACCGCCCUCUUCAAUCAAUCUUCGCCCUGGAUGGACCGGGCUUUGUCCGACAAAAUGGGGGAGGAGGUGAACCCUUUCGUUAUGCAAUUGGACCCACGCAAAGGUCUGGCAGAGACUCCCGGAUCCAAGGUCAAAUAAGCAUCGGCUGUUCGUGUAACAAAGGUGCGGGAUUUUUAGCGACCCAAACUGUAGUGCUGUAUUAUCAUCACACCUGUUAUGAUGUUCUUCAUAAAAAACGAAUUUGAGCAACUUGUCUGCGAACUCCGAUCAAGGCUGGGUGACUACAACUAGUGGAGGGCUCCGUCGAUUCGUCCCCCACCGACAUUUUGGCCGCGGCAGUCAGUUCUUGCGCCGUCAGCCGAUACUGUAUCCUGCGCAGUAGCAGUCUGCAUCGAUCUGGUUUCGAACCUACUUUUGACCAGAGG